CUCUCUCACCCACCCUCCCUUUUUUCUCCCGAGCCUGUUUGAAAGUCUCCGCCACACUUCGGCCACUUCCUGGAUGGCGGAAUGGAGAGAUCUUCCAGCGCCGCUGCUGUGACUCUACCGUGUCUUGUGUUCCGGCGUGAACGCGUUGCGCGCUUCGCCUCCGUGCGCUUCCUUUGCUUUGGCCGCACGAUCCGCCGCCACAUCACGUCCACUCCAGUUUCCACGCGCGUCAUGUUUUUCCACGAGGACUAACAUCAGCGCCGUCUGAAGGGCUUUAACAGAAAGAAAGAAAGAAAGAAAGAAAGAAAGAAAGAAAGAAAGAAACAGAGGAAAGAGAGAGAGAGAAGGAAAAAAAAAAGAAAAACUGUUUCCUGGACAAACUUCAGAGCUUCAUUUUGCUUCUUGCGCAAAACAACAACAAAACAGCAGUUUGCUUUGUUAAGCCUUUGUUUGUUUGUUUUAAAACCGGACGUUUUUAGGAUAACACAAAGUCAACAGUUGCUCCGUGGCCGGCUGUCGAUGUGCGCUGUGCCAUGCCGAGGCUCGUGCAACCGGGUCGCUGCUGCUGCUGCUGCUGGAUUCUGGCUUUAACGCUGGCAGCCUGCGCGCUCCUCCGGGCCCACGCGCAUCCCGCACUGUCCGGAGGCGAUCAGGUGGAACGGCAUGGCUGGGCGACCGGGGACAGACACCGCAGAGCUGCUGAGGAACCAUACUGGGCAUACUCAGGGGCAUACGGACCAGAGACGGGAUGGGCGUCGGCAUAUCCGGCGUGCAAAGAGAGGAACCAAUCGCCGAUCAAUAUAGCUGACCAGGAUACCAGGGUCUCGAUGGAGUAUCAGGAGCUCAUCUUGGACGGCUUUGAAGCGGAAUCGUCUAACAAGACGUCAAUGAAGAACACAGGCAAAACUGUGGCCAUCCUGCUGAAGGACGACUACUUUAUUCAAGGUGCGGGUUUGCCGGGUCGCUUUAAAGCUGAGAAGGUGGAGUUCCACUGGGGUCAGAGCAACGGUUCAGAAGGCUCAGAGCACAGCAUCAAUGGCAGGAGGUUCCCCGUCGAGAUGCAGAUCUACAUGUACAACUCGGACGAUUUUGACAGCCUUAAUGCAGCCAUCAGGGAGAAGAGGGUCAUCGCCGCUAUGGCUGUUUUCUUUCAGGUUGGACAGAAGGACAAUCCUGCAGUAGACCCUAUAAUCCACGGACUGAGAGGAGUCGUGCAUCACGAAAAAGAGACAUUUCUCGAGCCUUUUGUGCUGAGGGACCUGUUGCCAUCUUCUAUUGGCAGUUAUUACCGCUACAUUGGCUCUCUCACUACUCCUCCAUGCAGUAAAGUAGUGGAGUGGAUUGUCUUCAGCCGGCCCGUCUUCCUGUCCUACAGACAGUUAGAGGCAUUCUACUCCAUCUUUACCACCGAGCAGCAGGACCAUGUGAAGUCAGUGGAGUACCUGCGCAAUAACGUUCGCCCGCUGCAGAGUCUGGACAACCGGGAAGUGUACAAAUCUGCCGUGAAAGACGCCUGGCUGCCAUAUCUGACUGAUCCCUACAGCACGGAGUCCUCCAAAGCCUGCAGCAGUGCUCCCAUCAACAUGCAAGUUCAGCCUCUAAAUAAAACAGCCCUGGUGGUGCGAUGGUCCCGUCCCGAGAUCACCUACGAUCCACCCAUCAUCAGCUACCUCAUCUCCUACAGCUGGACUCGAAACGACGAGGAGUACGAGGAGACGUAUGUCAAAGGCAGCGACCAAAAACUGGAGGCCGUUAUCAAGCCAGUUUCACCAGAUGUGCUGUAUCUCUUCCGAGUCCAGGCAGUGUGCUUGAAUGACAAACGCAGUGACUUCAGCCAGAGCAUGCUGAUUAGAGCAAAUACCACCAGAAUAUUUGAAGGGACGAGGAUCGUGAAAACAGGAAUGCCCACCGUGUCUCCCGCAUCCUCAGCCGACAUGGCUCCCAUUAGCUCUGGCUCAUCUACCUGGACUUCUUCGGGCCUGCCUUUUUCCUUCGUCUCUAUGGCGACUGGCAUCGGCCCCUCUUCCAGCGGUAGCCAGGCGACGGUGGCAUCCGUAGUCACCAGUACUCUCCUGGCAGGGUUGGGCUUCAGCGGCGGCGUCAUCUCAUCCUUCCCCAGCUCGGCUUGGCCCAGUCUCCGCCCCCCAACCCAAACCCCACCCACCACAGUGGAACAGGCUCCUCCCACAACCACGGCUGAAAACGCUCAGAACCAAGGCUCCGACGACAACGCUGGAGGAGAGAAGACAGUCAAGGCCGAAGGUGAGGAAGGUGAGAGGGAAGGUGAAGAAGAGGAAGAGAAGGAUGAAGAAGACGACAAAGGAGCAGAGGGUAAACCCGUGAAGAACGCUCCAGAUGACGUUCAGACGCAGGCGAACAGUGCAGCAGACCAGCAGCCUCCCACAACAGCACCCGACUCCACCGCCAAAGAGAAAGGGAGGAAAAAGAAUGAGGAGAAGGACAGAGUGAUGGCAUCCACUGAACCACAGUACACACAGACAGAGAGGACGGAGGACGAGGAUGAAGUCACUGUGACCCCCAGCACAGAGUCUGGAGUUAAGGGGAAUAAAACCGUGGUGCUUCAAGCCCCAGAAGCCCCUCCAAAGGGUGGGAAGGGCAGCAUGGGAGACAGGAGUCAGUGGCCCUUCUCCUUUCAUACAGAGCGGACUAUAAUCUCCAGUAUGCGCCCAGUUCCUGGUUCAGGCAGGAUGGAGUGGAUCAUUCCUCUAGUAGUGGUGUCUGCUCUCACCUUCCUCUGCCUCAUCCUCCUCCUCGCUGUACUCGUCUACUGGAGAAGGUGUUUCCAGACUGCUCAUUUCUACGUGGAGGACAGCAGUUCUCCACGAGUGGUGCCCAAUGAGAGUAUUCCUGUCAUCCCAAUCCCAGACGACAUGGAGGCCAUCUCUGUUAAACAGUUUAUCAAGCACAUAUCUGAUCUGUACGCCAACAACCAGCAUGGAUUCUCUGAAGACUUUGAGGAAGUGCAACGUUGCACAAGCGAUAUGAAGAUCACUUUUGAACAUUCAAAUCAUCCAGACAACAAGCACAAGAACAGAUACAUCAACAUUGUUGCAUAUGAUCACAGUCGAGUGAAGCUGAGGCCAUUAGCCGGCAAGGACUCCAAACACAGUGACUACAUCAAUGCUAACUAUGUGGACGGUUACAACAAGCCCAAGGCGUACAUUGCUGCUCAGGGUCCCCUUAAAUCCACCUUUGAGGACUUCUGGAGGAUGGUGUGGGAGCAGAACACAGGCAUCAUUGUCAUGAUUACCAACCUGGUUGAGAAAGGACGGAGAAAGUGUGAUCAGUACUGGCCGACGGAGAACAGCGAGGAAUACGGUAACAUUGUGGUGACGCUGAAGAGCAGCAAGGUGCACGCGUGCUACACGCUCCGCCGCUUCACCAUCCGCAACACCAAAGUAAAGAAGGGUCAGAAGGGCAGCGUAAAGAGUCGUCAGAGUGAAAGAACUGUAAUCCAGUAUCACUACACACAGUGGCCUGACAUGGGCGUUCCUGAGUACACACUGCCUGUGCUCACCUUCGUCAGGAAAUCUGCUGCAGCACAGACACCUGAGAUGGGCCCCAUGCUUGUCCACUGCAGUGCUGGCGUGGGCAGAACAGGAACCUAUAUUGUGAUUGACAGCAUGCUGCAGCAGAUUAAGGAUAAAGGCUCUGUCAAUGUGCUGGGUUUCCUUAAACACAUACGCACACAGAGGAACUACCUGGUUCAAACUGAGGAGCAGUAUGUCUUUAUUCACGAUGCCUUGUUGGAAGCCAUACUGGGGAAAGAGACGGAGGUGUUGUCCAGCCAGCUGCACAGUUACGUCAACAGCAUCCUGACUCCCGGUCGGAGCGGCAAAACACGGCUCGAGAAACAGUUCAAGCUGGUGACCCAGUGUAAUGCCAGGUUUGCAGAGUGUUUCAGCGCACAGAAAGACUGCAACAAGGAAAAGAACCGCAACUCCUCUGUCGUUCCAUCUGAGAGAGCGCGUGUCGGCCUGGCUCCACUUCCUGGAAUGAAAGGCACAGAUUACAUCAAUGCUUCUUACAUCAUGGGUUACUACCGCAGUAACGAGUUCAUCAUUACCCAGCAUCCUCUUCCUCACACCACUAAAGACUUCUGGAGGAUGAUCUGGGACCAUAACGCGCAAAUCAUCGUCAUGCUUCCCGACAACCAGGGGCUGGCUGAGGAUGAGUUUGUUUACUGGCCGAGUCGAGAAGAAGCCAUGAACUGUGAAGCUUUCACCGUCACGCUUAUUAGCAAAGACAGACUCUGCUUGUCCAAUGAGGAGCAGAUCAUCAUUCAUGACUUUAUCCUGGAGGCUACACAGGACGACUACGUGCUGGAGGUGCGUCAUUUUCAGUGCCCGAAGUGGCCCAACCCGGACGCACCCAUCAGCAGCACGUUUGAGCUCAUCAACAUCAUUAAGGAAGAGGCCAUGACCCGAGACGGACCCACCAUAGUGCACGACGAGUACGGAGCGGUAUCGGCGGGAAUGUUCUGCGCUCUCACCACGCUGAGUCAGCAGCUGGAGAACGAGAACGCCGUCGGCGUCUAUCAAGUGGCCAAGAUGAUCAACCUCAUGAGACCUGGAGUCUUCACCGACAUUGAGCAGUAUCAGUACCUUUACAAGGCUAUGCUUAGUCUGGUGAGCACUAAAGAGAACGGAGUCGGUCCUGUGUCCAUAGAUCGAAACGGCAGCAUGGCCCUGUCUGACGAAUCGGACCCUGCCGAGAGCAUGGAGUCUCUCGUCUGAAGCUCCACCCAACACACACACACACACACAUACUACAACAACACACACGCCAGGAGGCGCCUAACUUACUUUGUAAAACUUCAAGGACUAAGACAGACUUUUUUUCUGAGGCCUUUUUUGCCAGAACUCUUGGUUAAACGAAUAACCCGAUUACUUUUUUACACUGAUAAAAAAAAAAAUCUUUUGAUAUUUAUUUUUUUUUUCGCCAUUUUAUGUCUUAAUGUUAUCCUACUGAACAUUUGCACCUCUGUUUUUGAGUUCACGACAAACAAACGAAACACACUUCUGUCUAGUUUGCACUAUGAAAAUAUCAGUGUUACUGCCUACUUCAGUCCUACGCUCUCUAUUUUUUCAUCUUUAUUUUGGAUUUUUCCACCACUACCAGGUUUCGACAUUCCAUCAUAAAGCUCCACUCGACGGCUUCGGAAACAAUCGUGGAACGAUUUAAAGAUUCAAGACGAUGUUCUUUAACGUUGGGCGUCAUCGACAAACGAUACCGGAUUUCUGCGCUUCGUUUCAUUUCUACACCAUAAAGGAUUUCUUGUUUUUGUUUGUUUGUUCUUGUUGUUGUUUUUUUUGCAUUAUAUGCAUCUUAUAAGCCUGUUAGACUCAUUAACUUUCUGCAGGUGGUAUUACAACAGCUACUGUGAACUUUAUUCUUUUUAUUUUUAAUUUUUGAAUGAUUCAUAUUAUGCUUUUAAUAUAUAUAUGAAUAUAUCGUAUCUCAUUAUAACUUGUGGUUUUGUAAAAAAUGUUAACCGUCAUAAGCAACUGGUUUCUUGCAGGCUUGGUUCAAUGGUUUUGCCUAACGCUUCUGAAUAGCAGUCCAUGUCCUCUCUAGCACCCCCUGCUGGUUUUCUUUACUUUACUCUGCAGGCUGCUGCUAUAAAUGAUCUGAUUUCUGCUCGAAUGGGGAAAUUCUAGUCAUUCUCGCUUUAGCGUCGGUUAUUUCCUUUAUAAUUUACACUGCGUUCUGUUUCCUGCGUACGUGAUGUGCAUCGGUCAGGUCUCGAUGCCUUUUGUAAAGUCUGAGCUCAUCUCUGCAGGUGUGUGACGUAAGAGUGUGUGUCGUGUGUGUGUGUGGUGCUGAGUCACAUUUACUUAACAUUUCUAUCAACUGUUCCAGGAGGAAACGCAGACUGUAUACAGGUCAUGUUCCUCACGUCCUGCCUCUGUGUCUCGAAGUUCUUUCUUAUCGCUUAUUUCAUGAUAAAUCAAGAGAAGGGUGUGUGUGUGUGUGUGUGUGGAUGGUGUGUAUCGUGUCCGAGCAGCACAAUGAUGUCCUUGUUAACACACCAGAUACCCAACAGCUGCAGGUGGAAGGUUCGAUUUGUCAAGUUUUACCAAAGACUUCAACUCAACAUUUCAUUCCCAUAUGGCAAAUUUACAGUGUGUGUGUGUGUGUGUGUGAGAGAGAGAGAGAGUGAGAGAAAUUUCAUGAGGCUGAGGUCCCAACUUGGUUCAUUUAGCACUUUUCCAAUUUUAUGAAAAAGAUCAACAGAGACACAGUAAAAAUGCAGAUUUUUUAUUAUUUUUCUUUCUUUUUUUUUAAUUAUUAUUAUUUUUUUUAGGAAGAUCUGAAAAAUUAGUGCUUUUGCAAUGACAAGCUCAAGACUUUGAUACCACAUCCUUAAAAGGCACUGAGGUUGUUAAUUUUGUGUCCUUUCCAAAAAAAAAAAAAAAAUACAAACUUUCCUUCUUUGAAUUUUUCAUUUUUAACUUAAUUUUUAAUCCGCCCUUUUUUCUGAUGUCCAUCUUCUCGUGUCGAGCCUUUGCUUAUAUGCUGCAAUUUAAACAGGAAUUUGUAUCUUUAUCCUCUUUUUUUGUCUUUGUAUGUACAUAUUAUUUUGCUUGUCCGUCGAUCGGUAUUCUUCACAUUAUACCCUGGUGUAUGUUUAUAGAAUUUUAUUUUCAUAUAAAGCCGACUCCGAAUCUCAGCUCAGCUCUCUGGAUGUUUUGUGCAAAAAAAAAAAAAAAAAGUAAAAAAAUAAAAAAAUAAAAAAAUAAAAUAAAAACAGAGAGAGAGAAUAACCCAGUGCGUUGUUCAUUCACCGAGCGACUGACGUCUCAUGCCUCAUAUACCACAAGGCAGUGAUUGUGAUAUUCUCUUAUUAUUUUGUUGAUUGUUUUGCUUUUCAUUUCAAUAAAUGAGUUUUUUUUUGUUUUGUUUUUUUUUUUAUAUUCUGAGGGUGUCAUAGGCAAGCUCCACUGAUUAUGUUUCCCUCAUUCUCUUCUGUAAUGCAGGCGGGUGUUGUUCGACAUCAUGUACCCUGUUUUUGGCAUCUGGAAUACCACAAAACGAAGGAAAAAAAUGUGUUUUUCUUGUUUUGUUGAAAGCUAUAUCAAAGCAUUCUAUUAUAGUGUUAUUUAAUAUGUAAAUUGUAUUGCUAUACAUAAAAUAAAAUAUGGGUUUUGAUGUACUUUAAGCAUA